CUCAUACGUACUGAAUGGAACUUCAUUCCAGCGGUACGACCGUACGAUUUCUGUACGCGAAAGAUACAUCGCGAGUUCUCUUUUUCAAUUCGGUACGAACAAAAAAAUCAGAUCCGUUCAUUCGUUUCCACUUUACGGUAGUUCCAUCCCAUAUUCCAUCCAAGGACAAGGACGUCUAACGCGUCGAAUUUAUUCACUGCACCGCCGCUUCACUUCAACGAACCCGCACAAAAUGGCAGACGGCCGAGAGAACGGACAAGGCCGUACUCCCUACCGAAGUCUUCCGCCUGAUAUCUGGGCGGAAUGUCUCCAUUAUCUUUUGCCAGAGGAAUUGUCGAAGGCUUCCCAGCUGUUGCCUCACACGAAUGUUGCCGUAGAAGGCGAUUCCGCCGAAAAAGCUGCCUGGAUGGCGGUGCGAUCCAUGGCAGGUAUUGCAAGGACGCACUGGGAGAAUCUUGCCAUUGCGUCGAACGGAGUUGGCGCCACCCUAGAUGAGCAGCACGGCGAAAGCAUCGACGAAAAAGCCAUUGCGGUGCAAAGCGUUGUCCAACAAGACAAGGGCCCAAUCGGCAACGUCCUGCGGGUCGGUCGAAGCACAAGCAUUGGGGGAGGCGACAACCCGAACCUCGACAAAAGAAACGACAACGAGCGAAGUGCAUCAACAACAACGAAACAGCAGCAACUGGUCCGUUUUCAGGACGAGACGUGGCAGGGUCUCUACGGGCUGCUGUACGGCAUCUUAAGCGAGGUGGUAGCAACAGAAACAGCAGGAGAACCAUCCGAUCGGGUUCCGGAAUCAGAACAAUCUGAUUUGAACGUAGAUGAAUCUGAUGCUCGUGAUGAGGACGCCAAUGCUCCGCUUGUCGGAGUUGAAGAACAAGGUGCAGACGAAGUGGACGCCACUGACAACAAGGCUUACGAUCCCGAAUACAUCGCCCUCGCCAUCGGACUUUUGUUCGAUGCACCAUCUAUGCCACCCCUCCUAAUGACUCUGCAGCGGCGAGAAAAACUCGAGAAACUUGCGGUCGCCACUUUUGAACGAAGCAGCAAUGCCAGAACAAAAUCGGUUCCGUCCGAUACCCGAUCCUGUCUUCUGUCACUGCGAUUGGGCAACGCGGGCCUCUGGGAUGUUGCCGCAGACAUUCUUUCGUUGUCGUCUUCUCUAGACGACGGUGAGUACUCGGAAACCAACGAAAGAACCGAUGAGCAACGUGUGCUGGCCAUCGAUCGUGCAAUCUAUUCUUCGAAAUUUUUGAUCGAUCGUUUGUAUUCCCAGACCUAUGUUCGUCCCGGAAUGGACGUCCCGGAACUCCGCAGUGCCAUCGAGUGUGCCCGAAAAGCCGUCAAAUCGGCCGGGCCUCGCUACCAAAUUUUUCUGACAAUGCAAAUGAGGUCCACAACCUUUGUCGAGGACAAGGGCUGGUGGAUAGAGGAGAACGACGAAACGAACCAACAACGGAAGCGCCCCCCCCCACCGAUCCGAUCGCUCUUUGCCAACGAUGCACUGCGCUAUAUUCACGCAAAGCUCGCCCUGACUAGGGCACUGACGCUUACUGGCCAGCACCUUGGACUCAGGGCGUGUACCAUUGGUGACCUAGAGGUCUUCCCCCUCGAAUUCACGGAGGAAGAUUUGCUACUUGCCGCCUCGGGCGAACCAAGCAGCACGUUCAAAGCUUCCUUGCUAUUUUUUAAGGAAAGCAUGGAUCAGUGCCUGGGCCUCGACGUCUUGUUCCAGAACCAGUGGCUGGUCAUGGAGGAAACCGAGGAAGCCCUGGUUGCAAUUGCCAAAAAAAAGGGCGUCGCGCGAACCGCGAUGCCGUCCGUUUACCGCUCGACGAGGCACAGGACAAUCCCCCUGCUUGGGGCAAAGAUGGCUGCGGUGGGCGAGCUAAACUACUGCAUGUCGAGUGUGUUUUCGCGGAUUGGUUCGGAGAGGGGAAACGAACUGGGGCUGAUAUCCAUCGCCCACCUGUCGGAGGCAUUUCGGGUGGUUAUGAACGAAGCUCUGCAAAGCGGGGGCAGCGGAGGCCGUGGGCCCCGCUGCGUCCUAGACGAAACCACCCUGGAAGUCCUUGUGUACUGCGCGAAGGACCUCGGCAAGGCCUGUGGAUUCCUGCAACGCUUCGAUGCCGACCUGAGCGAACUCGAUUCCCUCGUGGCCGGGGAUCCCAGCCUGGUUCUGGACUUUGCGUACGUCUUUUCCAUCUACCUCCACGGAUCCUCCUCCCACCCCACUGUGGAGAACAUCGGGAGACUGUGCGAGGGGUAUCGCGCUGAGAGUGGGCGGUCACCGCCGUCCGGUGCUUCCCUCCGGGACAGUUACCACCGGGUUGCCAAGUGGAUUGUCGAGGAAUUUGUUUCCAGCCCGCCGACGCCAAAUUAGAGGUAGACUUCGGUGGGAACAAGACGAAACAACAAGCAAGCUUUGUUCCGUCGCGUCUGGAUUGUACCGGUGUGGGCCGCUCCUUCACUGUCUUGGCAUGGCAGCCACAUGUCAGAAGACUAUGAAGUUGCAAGCGUUCCUUGGUGGACUUGUGUCUAAAGGACUACGUAAACCGUAGUGUACUGAAACAAUGAGAACAUGAACCACCUGAAGUUUUGAGAAGACGUAUCUUCCCGGUAUUCAAAUAUGCACGGUGUAAUAAUAUAAUAGAGCCUAAUAUGAUAAAGGAAGAAUGAUGUAAAAUAACACCGCGAGGAAUAAUUUCUUCGCAGUAGCAGCACCUAAGGUUGUCGCAAAGGUGCGGUGUUUGCAAUGUUUCUCUUCUAAACGUGGUGCAGAAAUAUGCAUACACACAACACAAUCCCGCUAUGUCUUUUUCGGCCCUGGCAAUCGUAUCGCACGUCCUCGCAUCGUGCCGUGCAUCGUUGAGCGGUUGUUUACCGCACGCUCGUACAUGGCAAGGUUGACGGUUUGGUGGAAACCAAGGAGUGCUUUUGCGAUCUGCGGCAGGCGUCAUUCCGACAAUGCGGUGAUUCUUUCGUUCGAUAUUCAUCUCCAUUGGACGUCGUACGAAAGAAUACAUGCGUGUAUACAUGCAUCCAUGCGCGCUAACGGCAUUCGUGUGAAUUCGAACCAAUAAUCCAGCCAACCAAGC